AUGUCAGUUGCAGUUAAUGAUGAAGAAUUGUUGCGCGAAUGUUUUACCAAAUUAAAUUAUGAUGUUAUUCCUUACUACGAUUUAAAGGCAAAAGACAUCAAGCAAACAUUAAAAGAAGUGGCUAAAGAAGAUCAUCAAAAUAGAUCAUCUCUUGUGUGUUGCUUUUCAACUCAUGGACGAGAUAAUACUAUCGCUGGGAAAGAUAAUGUAUUUGCAGUAGAUAAACUUUACAAGUACUUCAAAGCAGAUAAUUGUCCUCAAUUAGCUGGAAAACCUAAAUUAUUUUUUAUUCAGGCAUGUCAAGGCAAACGUACAGAUGCUGGCACACGUAUGGAUGCCACUGAUAGUAGAAGCUCAUUCAAAAUCUGUUCUUAUUCUGAUUUCUUGUUUGCAUUUUCUUCAGCACCAAUGACAGAUAUAUAAACAGAAUACCCAAUUUGAAUGAUAAAAGGGGAAAUCAGAACGAUUGUAACUAUCCUGUGAUACUUUAAAAUAGUUCUGUAUUAGUAAUUAAAAAGAGGAGCACUCAACUUCCAAACUUUAAUGAUGACUUUAUGUUUACUGUAUUUCUAUUUUUAAAUGGUUGUUUAAAAUAUGCGUUUUCCACAUUUUGUUGUGUAUAUUUACCACAAACAGAUUUUCUGCUAAUGCAUCAUGCAUAUACACCAUGCAUAAUGAACCACAAAUACA